CUCUCUCUCUCUCUCUCUGUCUCAAUGUUUGUCUUAGAUACCUAGCCUAUCUACAGCAAAUGUUUUCCAUGUAAUAAUUAAGUACUUCGGUAAACUGGCCACAGCUAUUAUUAAAGUGGGCGGUGGAUUAGUCAAUAUGCAAGUUGUACCUGUUUUUCCGUGUUUCUAUUAUAGGAACAUUUCCAAACAAAUUUUGAGUAUAUUCAGAGGAGCUUGUUAAUUUAACUCUGAACAAUUUGUCUUUUUAGUGUGACAAAGAAGAAUUGAGGAAAAUAUAUAUAUUAAACCGAAGUUAUAAUUUAACUAUGCAGUAGCUAAUAGUGAAAUGAGGGUUGUCUUCGAGGUUAAGAAGGGGUUCAGGAUUUCACGUUGCCACGUAGUCCUGGCUGUGACCUACAUUGAGGCUUAUCCAGUGAUCUAGAUCUACCAUGAGUCACGAGCAAGAGGAGACUACUGGGGCUUUAGUGAGCGGGAAGAGAACUCUAGCAUCUCCUAAUGACGAAGAGCUACAGCUGGUGGUGUCGGGCAAGACGUACUGGAUAUCUAGGUCAGCCUUGCUGAGCCUGCCGGAAACCCGACUUGGCCACUUGGCACUGCAGCACAAACCCGGAGACAGCAGCCGGAAGUACCAGUUCGAGAGAGACACGAAGAUGGUCAAUCCGAUACUGAACUUGUACAGGACUGGGGAGCUUCACAUUCCAGGGGACAUGUGUGGACUGGCUAUCAGUAGAGAACUGAGGUACUGGGGUAUAGAUAGCAGACUUAUCUCCGAGUGCUGCUUCAAGCGGUUCAAGGAAACGCUACGGGAGGUCCUCAUCGUAGAGGAGCUUGACAGCGCCAUGAAAACGGACAGCGUUGCCAAGGACAGCCUUAGUGGUCAGAUAUGGUUGACCAUGGAGAGGCCAGGCCACAGUUUUGGUUCAUGGAUCUGGUUUGGAAUAUACAUGACCUUCAUUGCCAUGUCUAUUGUGGUGGUGGCCAUGUCGUCAGUGAGAAGUUUCCGUGUGUAUAGAACUGGGCAAGGUCCUGUCAACGGCACGGAGGAGACACUGUUAGACAAUCUUCUCAACAGUGACCUGUGCACCACGAUACUUGUGUUUGAUGUAAUGGGAUUGGUCUUUUUCACCAUCGAGCCUAUCGUCCGCCUUUGUGUUUCCCCAAACUUCAGGCGUUACCUGACCAAGGCCCUAAACCUUCUUGACCUGUUCCUGGCCGUGGAUCACUGGACCUGCUUCAUUAUGGAGUGGAAUGAAGGGUUCCUGAUCAAACACGAGAGCGCCCGAGUGGCGCAUGCAAUCCUGCGCGCCCUCCUCAGCCUUCGCGUGUUUCGUAUAUUUCACGUGGCUAGAAGAUAUUCCAAGAUGAAGGUUCUGUUUCUGACAUUCAGAGCCAGCAUGGCGGAGCUGCUUCUCCUCUUCCUGGGUCUGUUCAUCGCCGUCAUCAUGUACGCGACUGUCAUUUACUACGUUGAGAUGCUAGAGAAGGCCAACAACUUCCUGAACAUUCCGCAGGCCAUCUGGUGGGCCAUCGUCACCAUGACCACCGUGGGCUACGGUGACUUUUACCCUACCACAGUGUCCGGCUACUUCGUGGGCGUCCUCUGCGCUCUGUCCGGGCUGCUGCUGCUCUCCAUGCCCAUUGCCAUCAUCGCGUCUAACUUUGGCACGUACUACAACGGACUGGUCGCCAGGGAGCAGCGUGAGAAAAGGAAACAGUACUUAGGUCAGUGCUGGAAGCCGCGGCGGGGCCAGGCGGAUUCUGAAGAUUGGUUCUUGGAGAACUACGUGGCAUUAGGCGAUACUGAAAGCGCUAUCAAACUGACCUACUCCGAACAAGGUCUAUCAAAGCUUGACCAUUUCCCAGGUCAUAAAAACGUUUCAGAAAAAGCCACUCUUCUGGAUAACGACUCUUGCAACGUCAAUCAUAUAGGCUCUGAAGGGUUAUCUAAUUCCAUGAUAACAUCGAGUGGGCCUAAAAGCAGCGAGUCUAUAGGGGCCACUAUCAAAUUAAUAUCAGGCGAACCUUUAGACACCGAAAGCUCAACAGAUGCCAAUCUAAAGCAAAGAAAAUUGACACUUUCCCCAAGUCCAUUCACAGCUUUGAUAAGAAGCUCUAAACAGAGUAGCUAUAACAGCACAGACACUUCAGACACCCUAACACUCAACGAUAAGUAGUGGGAUGCGUGGUCGAGAGGCUAGAACUUGGCUUGGCGACCUAUGAAGGGGGUUCGAUACCUGACUCGAGCAGUGUUGUGUUUACUGAGCGCCUAAAGGCAGCAUGAAAAACCUACUCCCAGAUACCCCCUCCCCCAACUGGUCCACAAAUGAGAUUGGGCCAUAGCGCUUUGAGCAUUCUAUAAGCAUGAAAAAGCUAUGUGAAAGCUAUAAUUUAUUUUUAUUUAUUUUAUUUAGAAGUAGAUUCACGAUUGGCCUGGAGUUUGAUAAGCCAUAAGUCUAACUCAAUGUGUUUCUUUUCUGAUAUAUCGAGAGCAUUAGUGAUACAUCCCCUGUUUAUAGAAGUAUCAUAAGCAUUAGUGAUACAUUCCCUAUUUAGAGCAGUAUCAUUAGCAUUAGUGAUACAUCCCCUAUUUAUAGCAGUAUCAUAAGCAUUAGU